AUUUUUUUUGUCUUUUCUAGAUAUGGAGUUAGAGCUACCUAAGCGAGUGUAUGCAGAGGGUUUAGAACCUCAGGUGAAGAAGAUCAAUAACUGCUGCCGCAUGGAACUUAUCAGAGAUCUGAAGAAAGCUAUGCCUGCGGAGUACGAUGAUGUCAAGAUAGAUCCUGUUUUCAAACAUAUCAUGGCGAUUGCGGAAAAUAACCUCAAGUUUUCGGGGAAAUUGGUGGAUAGCUUCUUGUGUAAGCAGCUGAUUACCUCGAAGAUGCAUGAGAAGUGGUUUAUAUUUGCAAGGAAGCCUCUCCGGUUUUCGCUUCAGGAGUACCACACUGUGACAGGCCUCAAGAUCUCGCGGGAAAGUAGCUGUGACGUAAUUAAAUGGAAAAGUGAUGGCGGAUUUUGGAGUGAACUACUAAGGACAGGUGGUAAGAUCACCUUGCAGUCGAUCAAAAAGGUGCAUCUACAAGAAGUUCACAGCUGGUCUCGGCGUGAUAGGAUGAGGUUGAUCUACUUGUGUGUGAUAAUGGGUGUGGUGAUGGGGAGAGAUGAGAAGGUGAACAUCCCUCAUAUGUACAUCAAGCUGGUGAUGGAUCUCGAGAAGCUUCGGAACUUCCAUUGGGGUCUUCACUCCUACGACUUCUUACUGAGUUCCAUUGAGAAGGUUAGGAAGAAGUUGGGUAAGAAGAACAGCUACAUUUUCGAGGGGUUCUCCUAUGCGUUCCAGAUUUGGAUUAUGGAAGCAAUUCCGGAUUUUGGAGAAAUAUGUGGCAGCAAAGUCUCGGACAGUUUCUGCGGUCCAAGGUGUGGAAAUUGGAAAGGAGUUGCAAAAGUUUCUUAUGAAGAUAUCAUUCAACUUGAGGAAUCGUUUACUGAGAAGGGAGAUUUGUUCUCGGUAAUUUCAGUAAGUGGCAAUGGUGAUGUGUUGAGGGAUGCUGAUUAUACAAGGAAGGAUGAGAUGGAAGAUGAACGUGUGGACCUUCUUCUCGAUAGGAUUAAAUACAAGUUUGAUUGGAGCAACACAGAAUGGCCAGUUAUAGAGGCUGAAGAGACUGAGAUGGAGGAAGCCGAUACAGAGUCAGAAGCUGAUAAGAGUGUGGAUGAUACUGAUAUUGCAGCAGACGUGGAGACAUCUUCGGUUAAUGUUGCUGGAAGAGGCAAGAGAAAGAUUCAGGAUGAAGGAGCCGAGACAAGAAAGAAGAAGUUGCUGUGUAAGCGAACAGCAGAAAACAAACAGAGUAUUGAUUGUGAAGCGAAGAGUUUCAUUGAGGGUUUAGUCCACUCUUCUGUCAAUUCCUUGGGAGAUAUACUCAGAGUGCAAAUGGCGAGUAUGGAGAGCAUGUUCAAAGAGAGGAUGGGCAACAUGGAGAGCGAGGUUUCACAGCUCAGGGAAGCAAUCAGUUUGAGUGCCGAAGGAAGCGUUCCUAAGAGCAAAACCGAUGAAGCUCCACCUAAGACCAAAACCGUUGAUUUAGCUCCAGCAAAGAAAAAGGUCAAUCAAGCUCAAGCUCCAGCAAAGAAAAAGGAUGGGAUAAAGAAUGGUAUAGAAACUAACGAUUUUGAUUUUGGAUUGACUACACAAGAAUUAAGAGAAUUGUCCCAAGAUACAUUUGUUGAGGGCUUUGAUGUUUCGCAAGUUAAAGUCGAAAACUCAAGACCCUUCAACAUACCGCUACAGAUUGGACCGACAAUGUUAGAUGCUGAGAUUGGUACUCGUCUUAUGGAUAGAACCGAAUGGCUUCAUAACUUGGAGAUUGACGUCAUGAUGUACGUAUUUCGGGAGAGAACAUCUCUGAAACGAUGGGAACUUCAUCGUGUCGCCUUCAUGUCUGCUGUCUUCAGCAACAUGAUUAAAAAGGAGUAUGAGAGUUUCAAGGCGGGUAUAAGAAAAUACAAGCUUCAUCAUUUGCUAAUGCAGUACGGCAAAGGGUUCCUUCCACCACAUGGACGGACACAAGAGAUAUGGAAUGUAGAUGUGGAUCGGCUAUAUGUCCCUGUUCAUGUUAGCGGGAAUCAUUGGAUCGCAUUGUGUAUCAGUUUCGUGACGAGGAGCAUUGAUGUGUUUGACUGCUCGGGCAGAAAAAGGUACAAGGAGGUGGAUGCGUUCGCAAACCUUGUUCCUCGUAUUGUCAAGGCAGUUCAGCCACCGAGAUACCACAAGGAUUUCAAUGUCGCUGCAUAUACGGUUCACUAUGUCCCCAUGG